AGCUCUCAAUAACCAAGGGAAGGGGACCCCAUAAGAUCCUAUAAGACUUAACAGUGACUUUCUUAACUACGAAGAGUUUAGAGAGUUACUUAUAUUUUGUGUCUGUGAAAAUGGCUUCUAAGAUUGUGAGGAAGGUUAUUUCCACUUCUAAGGCACCUGCUGCUAUUGGUGCUUAUAGCCAAGCCGUGCAGGGAGGGAACACUCUCUACAUCUCCGGGCAACUCGGCCUAGACCCAAAGACGCUCAACUUGGUCAGCGAAGAUGUGGUCGAGCAGACCAAGACCGCCCUUACCAACAUGGGCUAUAUUCUCGAGGCUGCCGGGUGCACGUACAGAAACGUGGUGAAGACAACAGUGCUGUUAGCUGACAUCAAUGACUUUGCAAAAGUGAAUGAAGUGUAUGCCUCGUUCUUCUCUGAGGCAGUGCCAGCCCGUGCAGCUUACCAAGUUGCUAAUCUUCCAAAGGGAGGAAAAGUGGAGAUUGAAGCCAUUGCUCUUAUCGGAGAGUUGGACCACCAGUGACUCCUCAGAAGCCAAAUUUAGUUAGAACCAUCAUCUCUUAUUCUUUCUUGGUUGUUAUUUCCUUAUGUUUGGGAACAGUAGGCAUUUAUUAUUAACUUUCCAUCAUGACAGCUAUUUUUUCCUUUAUAUAACUUUUUCUACAGAGAAUUUGUUUUCUUUUUUUUUUUUUAAUAUAGUAGAGUACUAUGUUGUUUUCAAUUCAGAUGUAUAUACAUAUAUGUUUUAUUUACAGGCAUUGAAAUUUAUAUAUGACAGCAAUAAAUAGUGAUUCUUAUUUUCA